UGCUGCGGAAAGGCCCAAGAAACUUCAGAUUCAAAUCCCAGUACUCCAAAGCUGCUUAGGAAAUCUGUAAUAUGUGUACAUACUGUAAGUGAGCCAAAAAGAGAAAGCAUGGUGGAAUUAAAUGAAACACAAACUUUGGAUAAUAGUUUCAGUGACAACAAUAAAACACUAAGGUUGUCGCAGGAAAAGAAAUGUGCUUCGCGUCAACACAGGGUGUCCUGGAUUCAAGAGGAACAUGUAAACGCUACUUUGAAGAAAGCUAAUUCGGACACUUCUCUAAGUUCCUCUGACAGUUUCCUCCUCCCUCCGCUUCCAGAGUUGGAUUCUGUAUCCAUUAGUAGUGUUGAGGAAGAUGGAGAACGUAGCUCCCUGAGGCCAAAGAGACACCAUUCACAUGGACUUGGAGAUAUAGUCAGACAUAGUCUACUAGCGGUUAGCACAGCACUAACUGGGCUGGUUUCUCCAGAGAAACACCUGGUAAAUAGAAUCCAACAACUGGCAGAAGACCCUUCAUCUUACCUGGGUGGAACUGUUCAAACAUUCAUUAUCCAACUACAAAAACGAUCUGUUGUAUAUCUUUCUUCUACAGAGAUGCUACAGGGUAUACGUCAACUGCUUACUAACUUGAGGAACCAUCUGCUGGAUAGCAAUGAGACUUUGGAAAUUCUGGAUCGUCAAGAAAUUGAGGAAAUCAAAAUUGCCUCUAUCAUCGAAUCAUCUCUGUACAAGUGUGUGCUGAAACCCUUGCAAAGUACAAUUUACUCUCAACUACUGGAGAUGCACAACAGAGAUGGCUCUAUGGAGAAGUUGCUCGAUAACCAGCAGAAGAUGAAGAAAUGGAGCCUGGAUGAGCAGCAGCCACGAGCAGGAAUUCCUGGGCUUGCCACCAUGGAGAAGAUUAAGCAGAAACUGGCACUCAUGCACAAAUCCUAUUCCCCAGAAAAGAAAAUACGCCACUUGCUGAAAAUCUGCAAACAUAUUUAUGAGUCAAUGGAAGCAUGCAGUGGGAAGAAAGAAGCCUUUGGUGCAGAUGACUUCUUACCUGUUCUGAUCAAUGUUCUGCUUGGAUGUGACCUCACUGCUGUUCAGUUAGAUGUGGAGUAUAUGAUGGAACUUGUGGAUCCUUUCCAGCUUCAAGGAGAAGGUGGCUAUUAUCUGACUACUUUGUUUGGAGCUUUGUAUCACAUAAGCACCUUCAACACUGUAUCAAGACAGCUCAGUGUGGAGGCCCAGAAUUCUAUCCGCCAGUGGCAACGCAGACGGACUGUUUACCACAAACAAUCUUUUCAAAAACACAGUCAAGUGAAUAAGACAAUGUCAGAAAAAUAUGCAUCUCUGCUGGCCUCAGAUGGAAAAUAG